AUGGCAGCGGUCGCCAUCGUGGGGAAGUACGGGUCUCAUCACAUGCACGUAUUCCGCGCGAUCAAGGAAGCCCUUGAAUAUGGGGUUGGGCGUGAUACACUGGAGGGAACUGUCAAAGCUGGUACCUACUGGUUGCAUCUUUGGCAUCCUACUGACCUGCUGUCCAUCAAACAAGCUCUCGACAAUGAGGAGUACCCUGCCGACUUGAGCGUAGAAGCCGCCGUUCUAGCCACGGCGAAGAAGCUGAGCAUGAGCGGCGAGGCCAAGACCGGCAGCCGUGUCGAAAUCGGGCGAGGACGCUGCCCUUGCGGAGGAGGAAGCCUCCGAGGGAUGGUCGAGCAGUUCGUCGCGAAGCGGAGGCCGGAACAUGAUUCCAAGCCCUCCGGGAAGGUAGUCGCUGUUGAUGGACAGGCCCCUCCCGCACGGGGAAAGUAG